UGAAGUCUUUUGUUUGCUAAAGUGAUUUUCGGCGGCGGAGACGAUGCUGCGCUCUAGAAACGCCCAGCAAAAAGGUAUUUGCGGAUUAAACGGUCCUUUCGCGUAAAGAUACGCGCAAAGAUAUGCGCAAAGAUACGCGGAAGGAUACGCGCACCCGCGAGAGAGGAGCGCGCGGCUGACUCGGUGAGCGCGGAAAACACAGGUGUGAAACAAUGCAACAAAAACGGCCUAUGGCCAUGCCAAAUACACCUUGAUACACACAAUCAUGGGUACAGUCGCGAAGCUAGCUGCGGCCAAGACGCGAGUAUAAAAGCGCACAGCAUGCUAACAAGGACUCAUCAUUUGUGUGUUAGCUGCUAACGUGUGCCAUUGGUUCACUGUCUGACUCAAAUAUUAUACUUAAAAUAGAAUAUUUGCCGCUCAAGUCAAGUCUUCAACUGACAAUAAAUAACAUUUGUCCGACCAGCUACUUAAACUUAACAACCGAACUUAAACGAGCACCGUCCACACACCACACCAAAUGGGUUCCUUAAUGCGCAAGUGCACCACCAGCAACAGCAACAACAGCAGCAGCAACGCAAAUAAGAGUAAAAGCAAAACAUCUGUUGGCUAUCAACUCUUUAUGUAUCAGGAGGAGCUGCGCCGCGGCAAUACACGUAGUCUAAGCGUCGCCAAAUCGAAGAUCUCUCUCACUGAGUGCCUAAUACGCGAGAACGUGCAGAAUUUAAGCAACCGCAGCGACGAAGAUUUGCGUAUCAUAAGCCGAGAAAUGUCAUUCAAGAAGCAUCUGCAGACGCAAGUCUCGCGUUAUUCAAAGCUUAUCAAAUUGGCAAUGGGCGUGGAGCAGAAGGCCAUUAAAGAUUCUACGUAUAUAAGCAGUACAGCGGCACAUUCGCGCGUGAAGUAGUCGUCGUCUAAUGUUUAAGCAUCUCUGUUAACUUCGUACCGCUGUGAUUAAUUGUAAAGUUAACUAGUUUUAAAUUGUAUAUUUAUUAAUUUAUUAUAUGUAGGUUAGUGUAUUAGUUUGUAGUGUUAAAAGCUUGUAUAAAAACUGAAAAAAUAUAACUUGCAUCAAGUUGAAAUACCAAAGUGUGUCUUUGAACUGAUUUUUUAUUCAUAUGGUUACUUUCUUGGUAAAAUUAUGCUCACAAUGUGUUUAACUAACUCGUCUAACUCUAAUAUAGAUAGACUUUGUCAUUGCAAAUAACGUACAUUACUUUCUGCUAAUAAAGUUAAUAGCAUAGACCCGAACCAACAGCUGCUGUCUCGCGUCUGUACUAACUUUACAUCAUAAUUCACGUCAACUGACAGUCCAUGUUCCAAGAAAAAUUCACAUCUGUCAAAUUGAAAGCAUAUAGGCAAUGUUGUAUUACCUGAAUUUGUAAAAAAAAAUACAAAAGCACAAUCAGUUGUGAGAGCAUCUUGACUUUAAAGAAUAUAUAAUAACGAGUGAUCCAACAAGAGAUCUUUUUUUUGUCAGAUCAUGAGUCGUUUUACGUCGAGAUCUUAAAUUGAAAGCAUACAAAAUACACUUUGUAUAAGAACUGAAGCUGCUCGACCUUCCAAAGCGACAUUGCUUCGCUUCGGCUCAUUUCUAGCUCAAUGAGUAUGUAAACAAGCAAAAUUGCCGCAUUUGGGAUGAAGAGCAACCUGAAGAGAUUCAAGAGAAAACAAUAGUUUGAUGUGGUUUGUGGUCCGAUGGAUUACCCUUUACUAACCAAAAUGAUGGAGGU